AUUAAUGAAGAGAUUUUGAGUUCGAAAUUUAAAUAUCAAAUCCAUCUAAAAAAAAAAAAAAGUAUUCAAUCUACUUUGACUAAUCGCCUUCGCAGCCAGCCGUCCCCAGCUUUGACCGACCCAAUUCUCCGCCUCCCUUCGGCCCACGAAGCUUCCCGGAGCCACCAGCCCACACUUCCAUCCACGUGCGUCCAAAGCCCCCGUGUUUAUUUAUACACCAAACCCUUCUUCUUCCCCUGCCAAAAAACCUAGAGCCUUGACCGCAAUCUUCAAAUCAAACACCAGUAAAAGAGAUAAGAGUGACUAGCCGGCCAUUCUUCUCGCCAUGGGCCGCGCCCGCGAUGCCGAGGCAGAGCUCAACCUGCCGCCUGGCUUUCGAUUCCACCCUACCGACGAGGAGCUCGUCGUGCACUACCUCUGCCGCAAAGCCGCCUAUCAACGCCUCCCCGUCCCCAUCAUCGCCGAGGUCGAUCUGUAUAAGUUCGACCCCUGGGAACUACCAGAAAAAGCGCUGUUUGGGCAGAAAGAAUGGUAUUUCUUCACCCCUAGAGACCGAAAGUACCCCAACGGCUCCAGGCCAAAUAGAGCAGCCGGACAGGGAUACUGGAAGGCCACCGGUGCCGACAAGCCGGUGUUGCCGAAGGGAGUCAGCCGGCCUCUCGGCAUCAAGAAGGCUUUAGUGUUUUACUCCGGCAAGGCUCCAAGAGGUGCCAAGACAGAUUGGAUCAUGCAUGAAUAUCGGCUUGCUGAAACAAACCGGUCAGCCAACAAGAAAGGCAGCCUCAGGUUGGACGACUGGGUACUCUGCAGGCUUUAUAAUAAGAAGAAUGCCUGGGAGAAGAAGAUGCAGCAGAAUAUCAAGGAAUCUCCAUCGUUUGAAGAGACGAUGGAUUCCAUGGAGGCGGUGGAGGAUACUGGAUCGGAAAGCUUUAGAACGCCGGAGUCGGAUGUGGACGAUUCUUUGCCAGAGUUUAAUGAUCUAGGCAUGCCUGGUUUGCGGACGUCUUGUGGGAAUGCAUUGAGCUUUAAAGGAAUGGAGCAGCGACCCAAGGAGGAGGAUAAUGACUGGUUCCUGGACUUGAAUCUGGAUGAACUGGAUGCCCUAGGGACGGAAUCGGCAACUAUGACACUGGGAACAUUUGAUUCAUCUUUGAACCAGGAUUUCUUCUAUCAAGCGCUCUGUUCACCUCAGCUGAAACCGAGCUUGACGAACUUGCCUCCAUUCUGAAGCUUGGAUUGCAGCUGUAUAUAGUUUUAGAGUAAUUAGAACGUAAGAGAAGCAAGAAUGAUAGCAAAAAAGAAAAAGAAAAUUCUAGGUAGUUUGUGUUUGAAUUCUUUUGUUUGUUUCUACUGUGUACUCUACACAGUAUACAUAUAUAUUAUAUGUGUUGAAGUAUCAUUACAUGAACCAUGAAUAAAGCUGGUGAACUAAUAGUAGAAUUCCAUGAUCUACUUGAUAA